AUGAAGAGGGGAAAUGCUCUCCAGGACCUCACCCUGGGAGCGAUGGCUCUGUCCGUUGGGCAGGACUACAGUCAAUAUGUCGAUAUAUUUAUGGGGACCAACACCGUGGGCAACAACUUCCCCGGUGCCGUACGACCAUUCGGGAUGGUCAAGCUCGGUCCGGAUCUGUACGUCGAGGGCACAGAUUCGUACGCGGGGUAUCUGUCCACGGGCAAUUUCUCCGGGUUCAGCAUGAUGCACGAGCAAGGCACCGGCGGCGCGCCCAAAUACGGAACCGUUUCGCAACUCCCGCUGGUUGGCGAUAUCAGUGAUCCCCUUGCCAAUAUCACCGUCUCGCGCUCCGGAACGGACUCGGGCUCCGUGGGCUACUACAAGGCCACGACGGGGCAGGAUGUCACCGUCGAAUUGGCCUCCACGGCUCGCGCUGGGAUGUAUCGCUAUAGCUUCCCUCCAGGGUCGCAGAAUAAUGUUCUGGUUGAUGUCUCGCAUGUGCUUCCCUCGUACCGUGGGAUGGGCCUCAGUCAAAAUUAUGAAGGCGGAGAACUCGAGGUCUUCGAUGACGGUCAUUACGAGGGCCACGGCGUGUACAACAAUGGGUGGAAUGAAGCCCCAGACUGGACGAUCUAUUUCUGUGGCCAUUUCAGCUCCACCCCCACCAGUAGCAAGCUCUAUACAGCUACAGGCUCUGGAUCGAGCGUGCAGCAGUCCGGCAGCUCUGUCUCCUCAACAUCGAAUUCGACCCGAGUAGGCGGGCUUUUCACCUUCAAAGACCAAGAUGUGGUUUCUCGCGUUGGGAUCUCCUGGAUUUCCACUGAGCAGGCGUGUGACAACGUGGCUAAUGAGAUUCCCAAAGGCACAAACUUCGAGGCUGUUGUCUCGGAUGCCGUCGCCGAAUGGAACUUGAAGGUCCUGUCCAAGGUCACCACAACCAACACCAACCAGACAACGCUCAACCUGCUGUACUCAUCUCUCUAUUUCAUGCAUCUGAUCCCCACGAACCAAACCGGCGAGAAUCCCGGCUGGACAUCAUCCGAGCCAUAUUAUUCCGAUAUCUUCACUUUCUGGGAUCUGUUUCGAUGUGGUACAGCGUUGAUGCAAGUCUUGCAGCCAAAGGCGUAUGAAGAACAGAUUCGCUCCUUGAUCGAUAUCUGGCGAAAUGUCGGGUGGAUGCCCGAUGCACGCUCUUCAAACUACAACGGCCGCUCCCAAGGUGGAUCCAAUGCAGACAACGUCCUGGCCGAUGCCUACGUCAAGGGCGUGCGCGGCGCCGUCGACUGGGAAGACGGGUACAAGGCCUUGCUCGCCGAUGCAGAGCACACGCCGCCGAAUUAUCCAGUUGAUCCCAUGGCGCCAGACUCCUCGACCCACGAGGGUCGGGGCGCGCUUCCGGAUUGGAUCAGUCUGGGCUAUAUCAGUCCCCGAUUUACUCGCGCCGGCACUCGGGCCGUGGAGUAUUCCUGCAACGACUUUGGUGUGCAUCAAGUAGCAACGGGACUGAAGAAGCACCAGGACGCGAAGAAAUACCUCGGGCGCUCACGCAACUGGCGCAACCAUUGGGAUCCGGACCAGACCUCGCUGGGCUUCUCCGGGUUUCUCGUGCCGCGCAAUUCCUCUGGUUUUAUUCCCAGCGACCCGUUGGCAAACGACGGCUACUGGGGCGAUCCCUUCUACGAGGCCAAUUCAUGGGCAUACUCCUGGAACGCCGUGCAUGAUAUGGAGCAUAUGAUUGAUCUGAUCGGAGGCCCUGAGAGGACGGUCGAUCGGCUGAACACGAUGUUCCUCGACGGCGCCAGUGGAUCGAGCGGGACGAUCUUCGAUCCCACUAACGAACCAAUGUUCAAUGUGCCGUAUCUGUAUAACUACGUAGGCCGACAGGACUUGUCCGUCAAGCAGUCACGCACGGUAGCCAAAGCCCACUAUAGCACAGGGCCAGCAGGUCUUCCUGGCAACAGCGAUGCGGGCGCUAUGCAGACCUGGCUGCUCUGGAACAUGAUCGGACUGUAUCCCGUCACGGGCCAAACCACCUUCCUGAUCCAUUCGCCGUGGUUCGAGUCGUUGACAAUCGACCUGGGCGAGGACAAGACGCUGAAAGUUACAUCGACCGGCGGGGAUGGCAACGGGGAUUCCAACUAUUACGUGCAGUCCCUGAAAGUGAACGGCAAGAAGUGGACGCGGAACUGGCUGACCUGGGAUGAUGUCUUUGCGAACGGUGGCACGCUCGAGUUCGAGCUGGGCGCGAACGCCGUCAACUGGAGCACGGGCGCGCUGCCUCCGAGUCCGGCGUCUGUUUAA